UUAAGACAAAUCACAUCAUAGGCCAUGGGGUCAAGCAAGUCGUCGUCCAACACAAUACCAAAACGCGGAAUGGGAUCUCCUCCCUCAAGAGCCCCAAGAGCCAGCCAAAGAGCCAGCCAACGCCCUUCGCCUUUGAAAGAAUGAAAGGAAGAAGGGAAGAAGAGCACUCCAUGUUUGAGACUAGCCAUGUGUUGGGGUCUCUCUUGGCAUCCUCCCCGCUGCUCACCCAAGCCUGGAGUCAGUGCAUGCGAGCCAACGCCGGCGGCUUGAGCUUUACGUUCGAGCAGUGCGGCGACACGGUCUACGUCGCAUUCUCCGGGAUCCAGAACGGCGUGCCGGUGACCAACAGCCCGGCCCCCAUCGGCGGCGGCGCGCACGGGCUCUUCUCGCCGCUGGUGGGUGGCGAGGGGGAUGGCAGCUGCAAGCCGGUGCUCGUCCAUGCCGCCAUCCUUCAUCUCUUUCUUGCUUUGUAUCACACAAAUGAAUUCCAGAUUCUGGCAGCAGAGAUCAAAAACAAAGCAGUAAUAUUCACAGGCCACUCCAUUGGAGGCUCCCUGGCUUCUCUCGUUGCCCUUCACUUCCUUUGCUCAUCAUCUUGCUCUAGCUAUCCAUCACCCUCUUCUCUCUUGUGCAUCACAUUCGGAAGCCCGUUGCUGGGGAACGAAGCUCUAUCCAAAGCUGUUCUGAGGGAGAGAUGGUGUGGUAACUUCUGCCAUGUCGUCACUCAGCACGACGUCGUACCGAGGCUCCUCUUUUGCCCCCUCAACUUGAUCCCUCCUCAGCUGGUCACCAACUUGCUGCAGUCAUGGCAGAUCUUGCUGCGGUAUCCUCAGUUUGCAAGGCCUGCGUCUGUAUUGUCUGAUGAAGAGAAGGCGCAGCUGCGCCUCCUUAUCUCCAUGCACAUCGAUGCAGCGGCAGUCGAGCAGCAGAUUUCUGCUGCAGAUCAGCAAAGGAGCCCAUAUCGGCCAUUCGGGAACUAUGCCUUGUGCUCCAUGGAAGGGGUUGUUUGCUUCGACAAUCCACUCACUGUGGUACGAAUGCUCUACUCGACUUUCAUGACAGGGUCUGCAAGCUCCAGCAUCGAGGAGGAGCAUCUCUCCUAUGGAGAUGUUGUGGCAAAAAUAUCGGAGAACUUACUGCUAAAGAAGAGAAUUGCCAUGGAAGAGGAGGCGACGAAGUCUAAUUUUUCUGCAGGAAUUUCGUUGGCGCUCGAGGCGCUGGGGAUCGGAAUCCAGGACAUGGGAGCUACGGAGGCGCGUGAAUGCUUGGAGAUGUCGAAGAGAAUGGGACGCAGUCCGAAUUUGAAUGGUGCCAAUCUAGCCAUUAAGCUUGGCAAGAUAACGCCAUGCCGCGCCCAGAUCGAAUGGUACAAGGCCUCCUGCGACGAUGACAUGGGCUACUACGACUCCUUCAAGCUGAGGAAGGCUUCGAGGAAGGACUCCAAAACGAACAUGAACAGGAUCAAGCUUGCCCAAUUCUGGGAUGAUCUCAUAGACAUGCUCCAAAACAACCAGCUGCCUCUUGACUUCCACAAGCGAGGCAAAUGGGUCAAUGCAGCUCACUUCUACAGGCUCCUCGUGGAGCCAUUGGAUAUUGCCGAGUACUACAGGGGCCGCACACACAAGGAGAAAGGCCACUACUUGACUCAUGGAAGGGAGAGGAGGUACGAGGUUUUUGAAAGGUGGUGGAGGGAUAGAAGCAAGGAUUCUAAUGAGGGAGAUAACUGGAAGAGGAGCAAGUUUGCAGGGUUGACGCAGGAUUCGUGCUUCUGGGCAAAGGUGGAAAUGGCAAAGGACUGGUUAGAGAAUGCUAGGACUGAGAGGGACCAUCAAAAACUAGCACAGCUUCUGGAGAACUUGAAAGCAUUCGAGUCUCAUGCAAAGCAAAUGGUUGAGAGGAAAGAGGUCUCCAUAGAUGUGUUGGCUCCGCGUUCCAGUUAUAGCUUGUGGGUGGAAGAAUGGAAGGUUCUGAAGUCGAACUUAGGCUUGCAAAUUUCACCCUGAUUUCUCCUUCUAGAUGUUAACUUAGCCAUGUUAACUUUGGAGAGUGCUAGCAUCAUGUCCUAAGGAAUUCUACCAUUGAACUAAGCUUUCUAUCAGAUAGACAUUUGGUAGGAUCUGUAGCUGGUUCCCAUGUACAGUUGUAAUUCUAGAUUAUAUAACAAAAUAAUAUUUAUGAUACAUCUCUUGAGCUGUA